AACGUGGCGGCGCUACAAGAUGUGUAUGAGGACGAAUUGAUGGUACACAUUGUACUUGAUUAUUGCAGUGGCGGCGAGCUGCACCACCGCAUUGGGGAGACAAAUUAUUCAGAGCGCACCGUGGCUUCAUACAUGCGAGCUGUGCUGCGCACGCUGGCCCAGUGCCACUCACAGAACAUCCUGCACCGCGACAUCAAGCCAGGCAACUUUCUGCUGGCCUCUGGCGACGCCGCCGCCCGCCUGAAGGCGAUCGACUUCGGGCUGGCAGAGUUCUUUGAGGAGGACAAGCUGCCGCGCACAGACCUGGGGCUGGAGGGCACGCCCUGGUUCAUGGCUCCAGAGGCGCUGCGCAGCGAGGUGUACCCCGCCUCUGACAUCUGGGCUGCAGGCGUCAUGGCCCACCAGCUCCUCACCGGCCGCUUCCCUUUUGACGACCGCUCCAACCCCUUUGCCCCCUCCCUCAUCCUGGCUGAUGACCUGGAUCUGAUGCAUAGCCACUGGGAAGGGAUCAGCGAGGAAGCCAAGGACUUUGUGAAGAUGCUGCUGAACAAGGACCACACGCAGCGUCCCACUGCGCGCCAAGCCCUGCAUCAUCCAUGGCUCCAGGGCCCCGGCACCAGCGAGCGCGGGAAGGGCAAGAAGCUGGCAUUCGGGGUGGUGCGCCGCAUCCAGCGCUAUAGCCAGGGGAGCGCGUUCAAGAGAAGUGUGCUGGACAUGAUUACAGAAGAGCUGAUACGGGAGGGGCCCGGGGCGCCGGAGCGUGCGGUGCCCAUUGGGCGGGGUGCCAUGCCAAUCAUCGCAGACCCGCAGGCCUCCCCACUGGUCUACCUGUACGAGCACCUAAGCAUGACUGACAAAAGCCUGGUGGACCGCGAGGAGGUGGCUGACGGGCUGGAGGAGCUGGGUUAUCGGCUGUCGCCCGAGGAGCUGGAGCGACUGCUGGACCAGUUGGACCCCGGAAACACAGGCAAGGUGGCCAAGAUCCAAGUGGCGGCCUCCCAAAUUGAUUGGCGCGUGCUGCAGCAAGGCCAUACAGAGCGGUGGCUCAAGUGCGUGCAGCGGGCAUUCCAAGACCUGGACCUGGACGGCGACGGCAUCAUCAGCAGCCGGGAGAUGGUAACAUCGCUGUGCAACAAGCUGCCCAAGGACGAGGUGGAGGCCGCCGUGAGACAUGCGCUGCACGAGGCAGCACGUCGCUCGGAGGGCUCCCUUCACCGCAGCACCCGCGCCAGCGGCAACAUGCAUGGCGACGACAGCAGUGUGCACAGCAGCGGCAGCGCAGGUGACAGUGUCCGUGAUGGAAUGUCCUUCCGCCAGUUUGUGCGCAUGCUGCGCGCCGGCUCCGCCGACUGCCUGUACAACUAUGACGAUCGCCACGGCUCCCUGGGCUCUUCAGGGUCGCUGGGCUCGCUGGCGCAGGCCAGCCUGCUGGAGAAGAGCGUCAAGGGGAGCACCCAUUGUGCAGUUCCGUUGCUGGAUGCCAUAAACGAGGCAGCCUGAUGCACCCAGCUGCAGUGCUACAUCAAGCGCUGCAUGAGCCAUUAAGCGCUCAUCAGCGUCGGCGCCUUCUUAGCAAACAACCCCACCCAUUAUCAGCUACUCUGUACAUCAAGAGCGAGUGGAGGGGAUGUUGCACCUCUAUUCUUCUAUCAUGAGAGCCCUGUUGUGAGCAUGCGAGCCUGUUGUGACCCCAUUUCGUGCACCCCAUUUCGUAGGUCUUGAAGGCACUAUACAUCACCUCUGGCCAUCCCGUCCCGGGCGCAUGUCCCUUUUGCUUUUUGGCUCAGCGCUCACACAUGUGAUUUGAGCAUUUUGAGC